AAAAAUGUUAUCAUACUCGUGGUACGUCUCUAUUACAUGACAAGAUAUAGAUAAAAUACUUUGACAUAACCGAAGUUAAACAUACAUAAUGAAGUGAAGUAUGCCACCUCCAAAAGCACCAAAAUAUUGUCAUUUGAUUUACGCCGUCCAUCGCUGUGGGUUUAGGAUAACAAAGGAAUUAUUUCUGAAAAGAGUGCAUGACAUAACUCCAGAGGGUCACGAUCCAUUUCCAUGGACAGUUGAUGAUUUCCUUUAUACAAACAGAGAGAAGAUUCUCAAGCAUAAACUUGGGGAAAAAUUGAAACAGACUUUAUUUCCCGGACAUUCUAAGUCGACAGAUUUAGAUCGUUGGGAUCUGAACACAUUUUGCUUUCUUCUGAUACAUUUCUGUGGGCUUGAAGAGCGUGUCAACCAGGACAUAACGUUUUUUAGAAAGUUGAGGAACAAGCUAGUCCAUUUAGGAGACGGUGACAUUGAUGAACAUGCGUAUGAAGUAUAUCUUGACAGAAUCGAAGGUAUAAUAAGCAGGUGUUCAAACGAGUUAAAUAAUCCUGAGCUGGAGGCUGAACUAAAAAAUGUUUUAAAGGAAAUAGAGAAUGUACAAUUGGCUGAUUUUGAGAAAGGGAGAGAGAAGUUAAAAGAAUGGUUGUUCGAUGAAAAAAAAUAUGGUGUUUGGAUAAAAUUCACACAGAAAGGAAUUGAUGGACUGAAGACAGCUUUGCAGGACGUUCAAGAGAGAUUAGAAGAAAAUGGAAAUCUGGGACAUAUUGACAUAUAUUUUCAGCAACCAAAACCGAACCCUUCAAUCUAUGUUGCAGCAUUUUCCAGUGCAAUACUCUUUAUUGGACUGGGAAAGAAAUUAGAGGAAGCAUUUUCAGGCGCACAUCAUGGAGGUGUAUUAACAGGGAAACUUCAUACACAUAUCCAAUCAUGUGUUGAUACAAUUAAGGAAGACAUUCGUCAGAUUGGCCCGGAAGUGGAGAGUGUCAGUACUGGUUCAAUUAUCUUCAAGUUUACAUGCUUUUCCGUAACGUCCUUGAUAUAUCUGGUAGACUACUUUAGCGGUCCAAUCCUACAAAGACGUCUACACGGCAUAGCAAUGGCACUCCAAGAUAUGGUUGAUGAUUUAGUUACAAUACAAAUAUGUGUGCCACCGGAGAACUCUCAGAAAAUAAUACAGAAAUUAGAAGAAGUAUGCAUGUCUGAGGACGAUGUUAUACCACAAAACAAAAUAAGAAAAAAGGUAUUCAACGACCCACUGUAUGGUCAAAUAGAAUUACAUCCCCUGUGCGUUAAGAUUAUUGACACACCACAGUUCCAAAGAUUGAGGCACAUUAAACAGCUAGAGACCUGUUACUUGGUCUACCCUGGCGCCAGUCAUAACAGAUUUGAGCAUUCGAUUGGGGUUUGUCACUUGGCUGGUAAAUUUUUGAGAGUACUGAAAGAACGCCAGCCAGAGUUAGAUAUUACAACGAAAGAUAUUCUGUGUGUGGAAAUAGCCGCGCUCUGUCAUGACCUUGGUCAGGGACCAUUUUCCCAUGUGUUUGAACACAAAUUCAUACCGACUGUUUUUCCAGACAGUAAAUGGAAGCAUGAGAUGGCUUCUGUGAAGAUGUUUGAAUACAUGUUGCGAGAUAAUGAGGGUAAACUUCGUGAGUACUUCCGACAGAUGAUACCUGGCUUUGAAGAAAGUGAUAUAGAAUUCAUUAAAGAACUAAUUGGUGUUCCCGCAGACUUAGAUGCACAGGUUUGGCCAUAUAGAGGGAGAAACAAGAACAAGAGUUUUUUAUACGAGGUAGUAGCUAACGGUGUCAAUGGAAUCGACGUUGACAGAUGGGACUACCUUGCCCGGGACAGUUUAAUGAUGGGGCUGAAAACUACUUUCCAGCACAGUAGAUUGAUUCAGCACGCUAAAGUACUCGUAGCAGAAGGACGAAAACAAAUAUGCUACAGAGAAAAGGUAAACCGAUCCAGAAAAAGUCAAGGUUUUAUUUUCAGGCGGCAGAAAACUUGUAUGACAUGUUUUACUCCAGGAUGAUCUUAUACAAAAGAGCUUAUCAACACAAGACACGCAAUAUCAUUGGACUGAUGAUACGUGAUGCCUUGCUUGCUGCUAACAGAAAGAUUACUUUUGCCUCGGAAAAAGGAGAACAGCUCCCGAUAUCUGACACCAUUCACGACAUGAAGGCGUAUACUCAUUGACCGACGAUAUUCUGCAACAGAUACAGCGAUCCACUAGUGAUGAUUUGAAGACAUCUAGGGAAAUAUUAGACAGGAUUAUUCACAGGGAAUUCUACAAAUGCAUCAUUCAAACUCAAAUUGAUGUUGAACAGAAAGGAUGGAUACAGAAGAAAGACGUCCAAAAAACGUUGUUUGACAAAAUCAAUCAGAAACGGAAACAGAUCGAUCCAACAGAUUCCUCAGUAUUCCUAAAAAUCGAUGUGGUGAACCUGGACUACGGGUUUAAGGACAACGACCCAGUAACAAAGGUCUGGUUUUUCAAGAAAGGACAAGAAGAUAAACCCAUCAGAAUUGACAAAGAACAAGUUUCGUUUGUACUGCCGGAUACCUUUGCUGAACAGUAUGUUAGGGUGUACAGUAGUGUGACAGAUUCUCAUCUGUCCGAUAUCAUUGAACAGUCGUUCUCAGAAUGGUGCCAAGAGAAUAAAAUUCCGCAACCAAAGGGGUUAUCAUUUUCUAAAGACGACUCACCUAAAUAGAAGGACGGAAGAGAGAUUGUUGUGAAGUUUGCAUCAAGUGUUAUAAGUUUUUAAUGAGUUUCUGUCUGAUGUGGUAACUGUUCUUAAUGACAUGAACAUAGACUGUACAUGUAUAAAUAUUUGUGUUUGUAUUGAUUUGUUUGCUAUUUAAUUGAAUGGCUGCUCUAUUUAUUUGCUAAAACUGUCGUGGUUUGAUAUUGAAAUGUCAUGACAUACAUUGCUACAUGAACUACUGGAUGAAUGAUUCUUUAUUCACUAUUUAUUUUAAUUGUUUACUAUUUUGUGCAUUACAUGUCGCAGCUAGACACCAUGUCACUGCAGUGAAAUUUUUUUUAUCAGCUCACCUGUCACGUAGUGACAAGGUGAGUUUUUGUGAUCGCCCUUCGUCCGUCGUCCGUCCGUCGUCCGUUCACAAUUUCUUGUGAACACGAUAAAAACCACAGUUUCCAAUCAAUUUUAAUCAGACUUGCACACAACUUAUAUUGGCAUAAUAUCUCGGUUCCUUUCGAAAACUUGCCAGAUCCCAUCAUGGGUUCUAGAGUUAUGGCCCCUUAAAGGGCCAAAAUAUGCUAUUUUUGGCUUGUGAACAUGGUAGAGACCACAUUUUGCAUUCAACUUUAAUCAAACGUGCACACAACUUGUAUUGACGUGAUAUCUCGAUUCCUUUCGAAAACUGGCCAGAUCCCGACAUGGGUUCCAGAGUUAUGGCCCCUUAAAGGGCCAGAAUUUGCUAUUGUUUGCUUGUGAACACGAUAGAGACAACAUUUUGCAAUCAGCUUUUAUCAAUCUUGCACACAACUUGUAUUGGCAUAAUAUCUCGGUUCCUUUCGAAAACUGGCCAGAUCCCAUCAUGGGUUCCAGAGUUAUGGCCCCUUAAAGGUCCAAAAUUUGCUAUUUUUGGCUUGUGAACACGAUAGAGACAACAUUUUGCAAUCAGCUUUAAUUAAACUUACACACAACUUGUAUUGGCAUAAUAUCUCGGUUCCUUUCGAAAACUGGCCAGAUCCCGUCAUGGGUUCCAGAGUUAUGGCCCCUUAAAUGUCAAAAAUUUGCUAUUUUGGCUUUUGCAGCCAUAUAGAGACUUCAUUUAUGGUUUGAUUUGAUACAAACUUGCAAAAUAUCUUCAACAACAAUAAAUCUUGGAUUCUAUGAAGAAUAUGUCAAAACCAGUCAUAGGGUCCGGAGUUAUUUUAUAUCUGAUUACUUCCCCUGAUUUUAAUCAAAAUGGAUUUAUAUCAGUAAGUACUUAUAGAACUCAUUUGAAAUUUCAUUAUUUGUCAUUAGUUGGACUGAGACAAUCAAGGUAGAUAACUAUGGACUGAUUUUAUGUCAACUUACCUCCGUUUAUUUCAAAUUAAAAUGGGUAUAUCUCCAUAACUAAUGAAGAUACUGAUCUGAAAUUUCAUUUAUGCCAUCAGAUUGACUUGGACAAUCAGGGUAAAUAACGUUUGACUGAAUUAUGACAAAUUACUGCCCUUUAUUUUUAUGUAAAUGAAUAUACCUAACAGCUUCUAAUGAGAUUGGUUUGAAACAUUAUUUAUGUCUUCCAUGGUAAGAAAUAGUCAUGUUAGAUAACUCUUGAUUGAUCGUUUAUCGAUAUGAAUACUUUUCUUACAUAUUGUUGUAAAAAGCUUGUACUCUGUAUCUUCUACAUGCAUAUACCAAUGCAUGAUUACCUCCCCUGAUUUUAAUAAAAAUGGAUUUAUCUCAGUAAGUACUUAUAGAGAUCAUUUGAAAUUUCAUUAUUGUCAUUAGUUGGACUGAGACAAUCAGGGUAGAUAACUAUGGACUGAUUUUAUGUCAAAUUACCUCCCUUUGUUUCAAAUUAAAAUGGGUGUAUCACAGUAACCAAUGAAGAUACUGAUUUGAAAUGUCAUUUAUGCCAUCAGAUGGACUCGGACAAUCAGGGUAGAUAACUUUUGACUGAAUUUAUGACAAAUUACCUCCCUUUAUUUUAUGUAAAUGAAUAUACCUCAGCAGCAUCUAAUGAGAUUGGUUUAAAAUGUUAUUUAAGCCUUCCAGGGUAAGAAAUAGUCACGCUUGUACAAAAAUGCAACAUUUGAGCCUAGGACCCUCAGACUUGAUAUGGAGAUUGGCCUUGACUAGUAUGUGACCCAUAGGUCAAAAGGGACUGUUACAAGAAAAUAUUUAUCCUGAUGAUAUUUAAUGAAUAUGCUUAUGUGAUCUAUGUCAAAACUUGAUCUUAUCAUUAAGAGCAAUGGUACUCAGGUGAGCGAUAUAGGGCCAUUAUGGCCCUCUUGUUAUUGUUGUAUUUUCUUAUGUUAAUAUGGGGUCUCAGACAUCGAUAGUUCUUUAGAAUUUUUCUUUAUUAUCUUCGUAUAUUUAUGCUCCCCGAAAGUCUUUGGGAAGAAUAUAUCCGCAGCUUCAUGUGUGCGUCUACCACGACAUUUUCUCAUCACUGACAGAGCAAUGUGCAUAUUAUCAAAGUUAUUAGAGUUAUGUCCGCACUAUUUUUCAUUAUGCUGUUGAUGGCAUUUGAAUGCAACUGUAGGAAUUAUUGGUGUGAAAAUAAUGAUUAAUAUGCAGCAGGUAAAACCAUGUUAAAAAACACAGCCUUCAAAAUUUUCAAACGGUUACCCAUAGCAUUCGAACGUACACAAAGACUAGCACACCUGAAGUCCUUUUUGUUGCAGGCCUACUUUGCGAUGCAUGACUAUCUGGCUGUGUUCGGGGUGCUCUGUUUCUGGGAAACCUACCCUUACCUUUUAUUUUUUGUUAUGCAUUUAUUAUAAGUAUUUUACGAUUAAAGAUUUUUUACUGAGUAAUGGUCCUUUGAUUUUUAGACAUAAAAUCUCGUGUACUACGUGGUAUUGUCUUUGUUAUGUGCUCUCCUUAUUUAUGUAUUUAACUUAUAGAAAUCACCUGUGUGUGUAUAUAUUUUUUUAUUUAUUUAAUUGUCAGAUUUUUAAUCUGUAUUUCAUUUUUGUUGACAAAAAUAACGGUUCUUUAAAAAAACACAUACUCGUACUUGUUCUAAGAGUUUUCAUGGUGUGCGUGUAACAAAUAAUUCUAAUGUAAAAAAUUCCAUACUUUUUAUUAAAACGUGGCAAGAUUAACGUCACGGCGACAUUGUUAUAAGGCACUAUACAGGCGCCGAGAAAGAGUGAUCAGAUAACUGGUCUACUAUUUUUAUAAAAAAAAAUAUAUAUUUCAGAAUCGAAAUUAUACAAAAGAACGGUGUUACACUGAAUUCUGACACUCUGAAUCGAGAAUUAGAUGAGCAGAAUAAGUCACUUGACGUCUCCGCUAUCCAAGAUUAUUUCGCGGGAUGUGGAACCUCUUCGCCAUGCGUUAAUGUUAUUAUCUUUGCUCUGAGUGAAAUAAAGAAAUUGAACAAAAAUGAAAAUUGAAUACAUGUAGCAUUUAAGAGAAAAACGUUAAAUAAAAUCCUUCAGAUGACCAAAAAUGAUUGUUAUGAAAGUUAAGUUUAUAUCAAUAACUGAAGGUUUGAUACUGAAUAUUUAAAGCUGUACCAACAAAGAGUGACAACUCUUGCCUUUAAUAAGCAAAAUACUUCCAAGCGGAAUAUCUGUCAGUUUACUUCCCUUGCAAUUACACAAUUAAAUGGAAAAUGAAAAGGAUUAUCAUUAUUUUUUAACAACAAAGACAACUAGAAUAUAUUCAUAUGUGUUUGAUUUUAUCGAAAUGUUACAUUUAUGAACAGGUAUUGUAAUACCUGACAGGUAGGAUUAAUAAAGAUGCAAUUAUAUUGACCUGUAUUUCCUAUGCCUAGAUAAGGGUCUAGCUCAAAUGCAACUUUCAUUUUAGUUACUUGAACAAACGUUAAAAGUAACAUUUUGUAACAUGUUACUAAUAGCAUAGACAAUUGAAAAACAAAAUAUGCUACUAUUUCUUUGGGUGUCAUCCUUUUUGACAGUUGCAAUACAGUUGACACUGUACUUACGCAUGCCUUACAUUACAAUAUUUUUGCAUGUAUGAUAUUGUAAAACCAGUUAACUUGAGUUAAGUAGUGAAUAAACGUAGCAUUAAUUAGUCCCGUUUUGGAGUUAUGUAUUUCGAAGCAAACCAAAACAUAAGUAGAACGCUUACCAGUGUCGUCUAAAAUCUAAAGGGAAUUACCUUUUGGCCGACGUUAGCGUUUGAUCUUCAGCUGGCAGUAUGAAAACUAAUGUACCAAAAUAGUGGCCGUUCAUAAAAGUGUUCCAAAAGGUAGAGACUUACCCUAAACGCUAUUUACACAAAGGAAACAAUCUGUUACAAGAGUGAAAUUGUUGAGUGAACACCGUUUGUCAAUAAUUAUCCUGUCCAUGUUAUACUGGUCAGUGCAAUGUAAAAGUAAGCUAUCUUUGUUACCUACUAUACAUGAUAACACAGUCAUCCAACUAAUAGUAUUGAAUUUGUUUUUGUUUUUUUUAAUUUUCUAAUAUUUCUAGAUGUUUUUCCUAUAGUUUGACACAUACAAAUGGGAAGCAAAGAUUGUUCUGUUUUUGCAGUCGCUUUCUAAACAAAUUUUACCUUGUGAAAUUGUGUGUGUUUUAAGGUAGUUCUGCACGUUUGGAUCGAAAUUUUUUCUACAAUGUAGAAUUUGAUAAAACUCUGAUUUUUCAAAACUUCAGAAUAUACCCAGAAAACUCAGCAAAUAAAGAAGAUAGGGUCGUGUGCUUUAUUUUUUGCUAGACUGAUUUGAAAACAUCCGACCUCACGCAAAAUUUCAUAAAGUGAGUCUAUUGGAAACUUAACUUUCAUAACAUUUUCGCAAAUAGAAAUUUUUCUAAAAUGUAGAUUUUUAUGAAACUUCUCACAGUUGUAAAUAAUCACAUGACCUAUAAUUUGGUGAAAUAAAAUGUAUAGGUCCGUGUGCUUAAUUUUGAGAUAUUUGACCAUGAAUAAAGUAAACCGGACAUUUCACACUAAUUUUAAGACAUUAAUUUGAUUUUUUAACGUGUCAUAUGUUUUAAUAUUAUAUUUUGACUUUAGAAAUAUAGCAACAGUGCCAUUGCAGUUAAUUUACUUAUAGGUUUCGAUUUAUUCAUAAAAUUAUUUUCAUUUCCGUGCGCCGAAUCCAGGCUUUAUUCUACGUUUUCCGUUUUUUCUACGAAUAAAUGACGUUACGCCAUCACUUACGGUAAAAAUAUCACACUUUCCUCAGAGCAUUUCUUGAUUUGAUUUUUAUAUAUUUUCCUUUUCAUAAUACUGACCACUAUAGUAAUUAUGCAUGUUUUUUUCAGCCUAUAUGUAAAAAGUGCAGGGUUUGCAGGAGAUAAUAGUUACAUAGUCACCUAAGCCUACAAUAAAGUUUUAGCAGA